AUGCAGAGGUCACAUCAUCCAGUGUUGGUGAAUCCAGUGUUGGUGAUGGUUCAGGCUGGCAUGUCUGCCAUGGGCAAGACUUCCCUGGUUGAUGAAAGAGUGCGUGCAAACAUGUUCAAGUUGAGGCAGACAUGGAAUGAUGUUUUCCCCCCCAAAAAGCUCUAUGCUAUUGAUGUGAGAGUUCAUUCCAUUGAUCCUGCUUGGCCCAUCACUGCCCCUCCUCCAACUGCAAAUAUCCAUGUCAAUCCUCAGUUUUUACGCAAGAGUCAAGCCAAUGCUCAGUCUUCAAAAUCUGUUGGAAGUGGGAUUUCCUCUCUUGGAUCAUUUGAUGGGUUGGCAUCUGCUAUACCAACAGUCAGUGACCAGCGACAGCAAUUGCUUCAGAAAGAAAAGGAACUUUUGGAAUUGCAACAGAAGAAACUUCAGCUGGAACUCCUUCAGACACAAGCCAAAUUGGAAGCACAGGUUAAGAAUGUUUCUCGUCCAAGCCCUAUGGUGAUUCAUCAGAUGGAUGCUGAGUAUCAAAGCCUUCAGAGAGAAAUAGCAAAAUCAGAGUCAGCCGUGAAGCAGCUGAAACAAGACAUCUCCAACAAUCAGCAAGUUGGCAAAGCUUCAGGAAAGACACCAAACAUACAUGUGGAUCCAAGGGCUCUUCGUGAUCCUCGUCUUGUUGGGAAGAUCAGCAAAGAACUAUCACAGUCUUCCAUACAAAGUACAGAUUCCUCAUCAAUGACAGCUUCAUCCACUACUGGAGCUCAAAGUGUGACCGCAUCUGCACGUGAUCCACGUCUUAAGAAAACUGACUCCAUACAAGAAACUGAGAAAAAAUAUCCUGCUGAGAGGAAGAAGGAAGAGACCAAGAAACUUCUUCCCCACAAUUCAGACAAAGAAACAAAACAAAAGUCUGAUAGCUCCAAGUCAAAGGAGGAGGAUCUGAAAUCAAAAGAGAGUGAUACUGGUAUCAGUAAACAAAGAUUGCCAGUUGCCUCACAGGUGAAAGUUGGAGAGGGUGCAAAACUGAAAGAUAGUUCUGGGUUUAGGUCCAAGGAUGAAAAGUUCAAGUUGGAGGAUUAUAAGAGGAAAGUAGGGGAGAAAUCCUCUUUCCCCAUAUCUACAUCCAGCCCAAGAAAGUGCAAGAAUCAUGAAGAAAAAGCAGAGGGGAAAAGGAGACAAUCAAUCAGUCCUAUUUUGAAGAAGGUUCAGGAGACAAGAGAUAGGAAAUCAGCUGAACCCAAAGCCAAAGACAUUGAGAAGGAUCUAAAUCUCAAGGAUAAAUACAAAGACAAGAAAAAAAAGAAAGAGAGGAUAAAAGAAAAGAUGGAGCCAGAGACAGAAAAUAUAGCCCCUCAUCCUCCUUCACCUACUGUAGGAGAAACAGAAAUCACACUGACUGCAAAAAAAGAUGAGGUGAAGGAGAAAAACUUGGGAGAGAAUGGAACUUGUGGAGAUGAUGAGAAAGAUGAAAGUUCCUCAAUAUUAGCAAGAGAUGAGGAUCUUCGUGUUCUUUUUCCUCCGCCACCCCCACCACCAACCAUCUCCAGCUCAUAUCCUCUACCAGAUGAGACUGGGUACGUAGGUCCUGCAGACAUAGGGAGAGCAGUGCCUUCUGAUCUGGGAGAUGUGGAUAUGCGAUCCAUGUUGUCUUCUGAGGUCAGGAAGCGACAUACUGAUGUUCCUCAGGAGCCUCCUGUCAAACGCAGCAAGGAAGAGAUUCUUGAUGAGCUGUUUGGAAGUGAAGAUGUUGACCUGCGUCCCAUGCACCCAGCCCCAUUGGGUGUUCACAAUCGGAAUCCCCAUCGUUCUCCUUCUCCUGUUCUGCAGUAUCAUAGUCCUCCUCAUCUGGAUGAUGAUAGACCAAUCUGGGGUGCCUGUGCCAAGAUGAAUCAAGUUGGUGGUUGGGCCCAAUUCAAGGAAGAUAUUCCUGAUAGAUUUCGAUCUCCUCGUGCUCCUCCUCGAGGUCCAUGGAUCAGAGAUAACAUUUCCAUAUCCCCUACUAGGAUAUCCCAACAACUUCCAGCUCCACAGGGCCAGUUUCGAGGACAUGGUUUCCGAGGUUCUUUUCGAAGUACUCGUAGCCGUGUUGGCUGGGGUCAUAGAUCCUCUUUCAGGCUAAGGCUCCCUGUUGAUCGUCUUGGGAGACCCCUCCGCUAUCAUCAGCUUCCAGAUGAUCCCUUGGAGAGGAAGAGAAUGCUAUCCCAGGGAAGAGAUGGAUAUAGCUAUGAUUAUCAUCUUUGGAAGCAUGGUCGACGACUGAGUACUUGUGAUCCAGAGGAGAUGCUUAAAGAAGCUAGUCAGCAGUUGAAGGAGGGCCUUAUCUCCCAAUCUGAUUUCACAAACCUCCUUCAAAAGGUGAUACAAAUGAAGAGACAAGAAGAGGAUAGAGGUGGGGAGCAAAGGACCUGGGAUGAUCAGCGAUGGUCUCCUGGAAGACGUUCUCCCAUGCAUUUCAGGAAUUAUCCUCCAACAGUUGGCCAGGAAGGCCUACCAGGUGAAAAAGUUGGAUGGAUGUUCCAAGAUGCAGAUGUGAUGCCUCAAGGUUCACCUCAGUGCCCUGACAGCAGUUUUGUUGAAGAGACAAAGACCCUCAUGAUUGAUGGAAUCCCUCGAGAAAUUCGCUUUUAUGGAGAAAAUCCAAUAAUCUUCAAGGAUUGGGAUGACCCUCGGAAUCUCUACUUUAAAGAUGGUUCUCGAUGUGUCUACAUUGAUGGCAAGCCAGCCAUUGAGUGCUCAUUUGGUGCUCCAGAUGUCGAGAUCCUUGUGAACAAUUUGCCUCACCGAAUUCGGUUAGGCAGUCCAAUGAGAGAAGUGUACGUGGAUGGUAUUGGUUAUGAAUGUUUCUUCGGAGGAGAGCAGAUUCCAAUCACAUUAGAUGGACAUCUGCAUACAUUACGCCUUCAGGGUCCACCCCCCACUGUUGUUAUUGGGGAGGAAAAGCGAUUGGAUCUUGUUCUGGGCAAGAUAAAAGUCUCUGUUGAUAGUAAGAUGUCCUUCUCUUUAUUCCUGGAUGGAUCCCCUCAAGUUAUUGACGUGUACAACCACCCAACUACAUUUCAGUUUGUCAACAAAUUCCGAGCCAUUUUGAUAGAUGGGCCUGCAUAUCAUGUUGACUUUGGAGGCCUUCCCUUGGUUGUAACAUUAGGAGGGCGGACAGUGUCGCUUUCAUUUUCCUCAGUCCCUCCAGGAGUCAUACCAGGAUACAUGGAGGUGGCAAACAUGACAUCUGGGAUAGUUGUGCCCAAGAGGUCACCUCUUCCAUCUCCAAAUGAAACACCAGAAAUAAUCCCAGGGUUGGAGACUGCACCAGUCCUUCCCAUUUUGGUGCCACAAAUUCCUCCAGAGGAUGAGUAUCGAAGAAGAAGCUGGAGGGAUCGAGACAGAGACAGGGACAGGGACAGGGAUAGGGAUAGGGAUCGACCUCCACACAGAAGAGGGAAGCAGAAUUCAUUUGAGUUCCUCAAGAAUCUGUUACCAUCAAAAGGAGAAAAGUCAUCAACAGAUGGGAAGGAUGUGGGGUCAUUAUUCUCUAAGUUGGUGGCUGCUGGGCUAGUUCCUCAAGUUCCCAGUGAUGCUCCUUGUCCACAGGAUGACUCUGAAGUUGAAUGGACAAGUGAAAGUCUCAAGAGGCAAGUUAUGCUACUUCUUCAUUGCUCUGCUUGUGGAGUACGGUUUCCUGCAGAAUCAGCUGAACUGUAUGGUCCCCACCUUGACUGGCAUUUCCGACAGAAUCGAGCCGAAAAGGAUGCUCAAAAGCAUGCACAGAAUAGACGCUGGUAUUAUGAUCUCUCUGACUGGAUACAGUUUGAAGAGUUGGAAGAUGAUGAAACAGAAAUAUGGACAGAGACAACUCAAGUGCAGCGGGAAGAUGGCCCUGAGACUGAUGACAAAGAACCCAAGGAAAUACCAAGUGUUCCUGCUGGGGAAUCUGAUGAGGACAAUAUUUGUGCCAUGUGUUUUGAGCCUUUUGAGCAGUUCUUUGAUCGGGAAAAGGAUGAGUGGAGGCUCAAAGCUGCUAUAAGAGUGGAAGACAAGGCAUAUCAUCCAAUGUGCCAUGAGGAUUUUCAAGCAAGCGUGAAUGAGAGUAUGGAGGGUAUUGAAGAAAAUGCACCUAUGGACACAUCUGAAGAAGGCCCUGAGAACAAGAAAACUGGGUCAGUUGAUAUAGAAUUGGAAACCAGUGUUAAGGAAGAAGAGACUAAGUUGACUGAAGAUGAACAUGCCCUGGAAGAAUUGAAAGGGGAAGAGUUGGCAACCUCAAAGCAAGAAGAGCACCAGGUACCAGAAGAGAAAAUGGAAAUGGAUGAAGUGGAAGGAGAAGUAUUAGAUCAGGUUGCUGUUGCCAAGGAAGAAUCAUUCAGUUUCCCUGCACAGGAGAUGGAAGCAGUACCAGAAUGUGUUGCAUUCAGUUUACCAUCUGAGGAAGAAGUUAAGAAGCAAGUUGAAAGCACUACAGACAUGAAUGGUAUUAACAACCAAGUAGAACCAGAACUGGAAUAUGGAAAAGGAACCAAGGAUGGGUGCACUGAACCUGUAACUGCUGAAGGAACUAUUGAUGAGGAAGAGGAAGGGGGCAAGGAAAAACCUGCUGGUGACACUCCAUUCUCCCAACCAGAGGAGUCUAACUUUUUGCAGGGAGGCUGUAUUGAAGUCACACAACUACAGUUGGACCAAAUAAAGCCUCAGUGUGAUGAAGAAAGGCCAAGAUCUGAAGAAGAAAAGGAAUCUAAGCCCCUUGACACCCCUGCUGGAUCUCUGGGUGGAGACAGACCCAUUUUACCUGGAGAAGUUCACAGCAGGACUGCAGAAGUACAAGACGAGAAAGAGGAAGUUCACAUCAGAGCGGAAGUGAACAUCGAUAUGCUGCAGAAUGAUGCAGUAGUGAAGAUGGAACCAGAAGACAUUGAGGAAGAAAUUUAUCAAACUUCGACAUUGCCUAAUUCAUCCUUUCUUUCUGCAAAAGAGGAAGUCAGUAAUGAUGGUUUCCCAAUGGCAAAGUCUGUUGUGGAAAGUAAUAUCGAAGGGAAUGUUGAGCUAAGUGAAACAACUCCUCAGGCUCAGUCUGUAAUUCCCAAGAUCAAAAUAAAUCUGAGCGUUGGUCAGGCAAGGAGAGAUGAGGGAAAUGAAGAAGAAAGUAAUGAAGAGCAACAGCUGCAAGAGCUGAAACCUCGCUUGGUUGGGCGCAAGCUCACCAACAUGCCCCCCAAGAUGAAAGGACGAACGCUGACGUCCGACGAUGCCUUCGGCGCUUCAUGGCUUUGCCCCUUCUCAGGCAUCCAGGCGAAAGAGAGACCUCGGGACGUGCAGCUGAAGAACCUCAAAAGUGCCUUGGUCCAAGAAGCAAUAUCUCUCGGAGAAUUCAUGGACUGUGUCGCUGAUAUCCCGGAAGAAAUAGAACAGCGGUUUCGGAGUGAACAGAUCGAUAAGAUGCUGGAGAAAGAGAAGCAUCGAUUCCGGAGACAAGUGAAACUGUUGCUUCUCGGUGCCGGAGAGAGUGGGAAGUCCACGUUUCUCAAACAGAUGAGAAUCAUACACGGCCUAAGUUUCGACGCGGAGGCGAUCGAGGAAUAUCGGUUCAUCAUCUAUCAGAAUAUCGUGCGCGGGAUGAAGGUGCUUGUGGAUGCUCGACAGAAACUCGGGAUUCCUUGGGAGAAUCCAGAGAAUGAGAACCCAGCAAUGCAUGUGAUGAAAUUUCGAAGUGGGAUGGUCCUUGACUCGAUGAUAUUUAGGGAAUACGUUCAAAGUGUCGCUUCACUCUGGGAGGAUCUGGGUAUCAAGACCGCCUUUGAGAGAAGAAACGAAUAUCAACUGGCUGACUCAGUUAGGUACUUCUUUGAGAAUCUCUCCCGCAUUGCUCAAAAGGAUUACAUCCCAUCUCACCAAGACAUCUUGCGUGCACGCAAAGCAACAAAGGGAAUCACGGAAUGCGUGGUACAUGUGAAUAGGAUCCCCUUCCACUUUGUUGAUGUAGGAGGACAGAGAUCUCAACGACACAAAUGGUUCCAGUGCUUUGAGAAUGUCACCUCCAUACUCUUUCUUGCAUCUUCAUCUGAGUUUGAUCAAGUUCUUGCUGAGGACAGGGUUACGAAUCGUCUGAGAGAAUCGGCCUCCAUCUUCGACACGAUCGUAAACCACCGCUACUUCAGGAACACAUCUGUGAUUCUGUUCUUGAACAAAACAGACUUACUGGAAGAGAAGCUGUCCAAGCGUAUCUCAGACAUCCGAGAUCACUUCCCGGAGUUCCCCGGGGACCCUGGAAGCCUCCAGGACGUCCAGCAGUUCCAGUUGGGGAUAUUCAUCCGCCUCCUGCGAGAUCCAUGCAAGUCCAUGUUCCAUCACUUCACCACAGCUGUGGACACCAAGAACAUCAAGGUCGUGUUCAGCGCCGUCAAAGACACCAUUUUGCGAGUCAACCUGCAGAAGCUCAUGCUCCAGUGAAACCUUACCUUUGAAAAGUGCUCAGCAGUGCCUGUUAAUUCCCUCCCAAUGUGAUAUGUUGAAUGCCUUUUCUCUUGUACCCUGAUAGCCGCCCAUACUCUGUGCCAAUUUUUCUUAGUAUUAUUGUAUGCUUUUUCGUAUUGUAGGCCUAUGCAGGGACCAGGACAUUUGAUUCAGGGUAUUGCACAUCAGGAGUACUUGGUCUUCCAAUCCUGAAUAUCCAUGACCUGCUCAAGAUCUGAAUGAUCUUGAGUGCUUUUUCCCUCAUGCUAUUGUUCUCUCAAAAGACUGAAAAGAUUCCUGUUGUUUCCAUUCCAUCUUCCAAUGCCAUUCCAUAUUGGAUGGAUCUUCGUUAGUCUUUUUCCUCAAAUAUUCCAAGUCUUUAUUUCCCAGAAUGGCUUCCUUUGUGCAUCUGUAAGUGACAGUGCAAAUCCUUAAUUCCCAUGAGCUUAGAGACCUUGUCUAUUUUUUAUUUGCAAUAAUUUUUUUUUUCCAUCGCUGUUCUCUGCCACCCUAUGAUGAGGGAUUUGUUUGUUAUGCAAAAUUCUCACUUUGUUCAAGAAUACAUAUCAGUUGCCUCGUUA